CAUGCCACAUUGCGUUGCCCUCCUGUCCUGUAUCAGCGCUAGUGUGUGGAGCAGGCGAGCAGCAAUCUGACUGACCAUGGUCUCCCCUUCGUCAGCUCUCCCCAAGGUGCUGAUUUCUUGUGCUCCAGGUCGUCGAUGACGCGACCGGCGAUGAGGCCACCCCUCGCCGCGCCAAAUGGUGGUACGUGACGUUCCACAACGUCACGGCGAUGGUCGGCGCCGGCGUGCUCAGCCUGCCGUACGCCAUGGCUCACCUAGGAUGGGGACCCGGGCUGGUGGCGCUGCUGGCGUCGUGGGGGAUCACGCUGUACACGCUGCGGCUGCUGAUCGAGCUGCACGAGUGCGUUCCGGGCGUGCGGUUCGACCGGCUCCGCGACCUCGGCGCGCAUGCGCUGGGCCCGCGCCUGGGGCCCUGGGUGGUGGUGCCGCAGCAGCUCAUCGUGCAGCUCGGCUGCGACAUGGUGUACAUGGUCACGGGCGGCAAGUGCCUGCAGAAGUUCGCCGAGUCCGUGUGCCCUCGCUGCGCGCCGCUGCACCAGUCCUACUGGAUCUGCAUCUUCGGCUCCUUCCAGUUCCUGCUUUCCCAGCUUCCCAACCUCGACGCCAUCACCGCCGUGUCCUUCGCCGCCGCCGCCAUGUCACUCUGCUACUCGACCAUCUCGUGGGCGGCGUGCGUGGCGCGCGGGCCGGUGCGCGGGGUGAGCUACGCGUACAAGGCCGGCACGGCGGCGGACUCGACGUUCCGGGUGUUCAGCGCGCUGGGGCAGGUGGCGUUCGCGUACGCGGGGCACGGCGUGGUGCUGGAGAUCCAGGCCACCAUCCCGUCCACGCCAACCAAGCCGUCCAGAGCGCCCAUGUGGAAGGGCACCGUCGCCGCGUACCUCGUCACCGCCGCCUGCUACUUCCCCGUCGCGCUCCUCGGGUACUGGGCCUUCGGCCGCGACGUCGGCGACAACGUCCUCGUCGCGCUGCAGCGCCCGCCCUGGCUCGUCGCCGCCGCCAACAUGAUGGUCGUCAUCCAUGUCGUCGGAAGCUACCAGGUGUAUGCGAUGCCAAUAUUCGAAAGCAUCGAGACGAUUCUGGUGACAAGAUUCAGGCUGCCGCAAGGACUACUCCUCCGUCUCGUGGCCCGAUCGGCUUACGUCGCAUUCACGCUGUUCAUCGCGGUGACCUUCCCGUUCUUCGGCGACCUCCUCGGCUUCUUCGGAGGGUUUGGGUUCACGCCGACCUCCUACUUCCUCCCCUGCAUUCUGUGGCUGAAGAUCAAGAAGCCGCCGAGGUUCAGCGCGUCGUGGUGUGCCAACUGGGGCUGCAUCGUCGUCGGAGUGCUGCUGAUGAUUGUGUCCACCAUCGGCGGCUUACGGAGCAUCGUCCAAGACGCGUCGACGUUCCAGUUCUACUCCUGAAAAUCCUGAUGCUUGCAUGUAGGAGGAGUACGUGACAUCGUUCCAGCAGACCGUCGCCCUCGUGGACGCAGUUCGUUCGUUCUACCUUUUCUUACAGGUUUUGGGGGUACGGUGUGGCUGCAGUCUGCCGAAACGCAGAGGACGAUGCAAUGCAACAAUUAAUCUGUACUCGCUACGUCGGUAUGUGGUGUGUUCUACGGGUUCUCAUACAAGACAGCGCGUACAGCGUGCCCAAGGACUCCAACUUGCUUGUAGCUGUGUCUCUUUGCGAGUGCCACGCACGGCGCCGUAUGUAUUUUGUACUACUUUGUACGUACCUUAUAUAACACAAAGUAUUAGAGUUUUACUGUCAUAGCAUGGCGUGGCCGAAAAAUGUGAGGCAAGAAUUGGCGUGUGGUUCAGGGAAGGAGCCUUCCCUGUGCGCUGAACUUAAUAAUAAACUGUUGGAACUUCUGCAA